CCCAGAGGGCUGUGGGGCAGCGAUGUCGUGGCGUUUGGGCUGGCUGGUGACUGAGGCGGGCCCGGAAGCCGCAGCUCGGCCGCUGACGCGCAGAGCCGCUUCCUCAGCGGGCGGGGAGCCGGUCCCCUGCCCGUCCCGCCGCGGGGAUGAGGCGCGCUGGGCUGGGUGAAGGAGCAGCUACUGGUAACUAUGGCUAUACCAAUAGUGGGUAUAGUGUACACGAAGAAGAAAAUGAAAGGUUAACUGAAAGUCUGCGUACAAAAGUCUCUGCCAUAAAAUCACUUUCCAUUGAAAUUGGAACAGAAGUUAAAAAUCAAAAUAAAAUGUUAUCCGACAUGGACUCUGACUUUGAUUCUACAGGUGGAUUUCUAGAUGCGACUAUAGGCAGACUGAAAACACUCUCCAGAGGCAGCCAGACAAAACUAUUGUGCUACAUGAUGCUCUUUGCACUCUUUGUCUUUUUUGUAAUUUACUGGAUUAUUAAACUGAGAUGAUGCAAAUAACAUCCAGUUUUUUUGUGCCACUUAAACAGAAUUACAAAAUGGUCUUAAUUUCUGAGGACAGACCUUAAAUUUACAUGCUCUGUUGAUAAAUAUGGUUAAAUGGUUAUUGUAAAUUAUAUUAGAUAUCAGUGCAUUUGUUAUGUAUAUUUUGUCUUGAUAUUUACCAUUCCAAAAGCUUUCUUAUCAUAUCCCCUGUUUUCUGGGGUUAACAAAUGUUAUUCACUACCCUGUGCAUAUUUACAUCUUGGCUCAAGUUACUUCUUGGGGAAGUAUCUUUGGAAAUGCAAAACAAACAAAUUUAAAAACAUGCGCUCGCCAGGACAAAAUUUGAACCUUUAACUUUGAAUUUCCUUUAAUGGGUUUCACUUUUUUAAUAAAGUAAAAAAAAAUUAUAAGCAAAGUAGGGCCUGAUCCUGAGCAAGGAACUCAGCAUCAGGCUUGUAGCAAUUUGCAGAUUAUAGAAGUAUGAAAAAGGCUUGUGCUUUUUCAAAACAGAUUUAUUGUAACAGAUUAAACUACCUGAAACUACAAGUACAGUACUGUCAUACUUGUAGUGCUUUGGGUCGGGGUUGGCAAGUUUCUACAAGUAUCAUGGUUUAGAAUUUAAAAAUGAAAAAAAUAAAAAAUAAAAGACCCACACACCUUGAAGGUUAAGGAGGAAUUAACUGACCUAAACUGGAAGAACAUUGGUUAAUUUUAAUUUGAGACCAAGUAAUGCUGGUCUACCCUGGGAAUUUACAGCAAGAUAGCUACAUUUCUCAGAGGUGUGGAAAAAUCCACAUCCCUGAGACACAUAGCUAUGCAAGCCUAACCCCUGCAAAAGACAGCAUUAGGUGGAUGGAAGAAUUCUUCUGUUGACCUAGCUUCCACUUCUGGAUUACCUAUGCUGACGGGAGAACCCCACAGGUGUGCAUAGGUAAUGUCCACACUGAAGUGCUAUAGUGGCACAGCUCAAGGAACAUAGCACAUGUAGUCAAGCCCUAAGAUGUAUUCAGUAUAAUCAAAUGCCUUUUGAUAGUUUGGGGAACCAGCAUGGACAAGAUGCAAAUAUUUGCAUAGCAUCUUUCCAUUACAUUUUAUAUUUAAGUACUUAAAACUUACUGAUUCUAUUGAAUCGCUGGGGUUUUUACCCUUCGUACAUUUCUGUCAGUUAAUGACCUCUUACAGCUACUUAGCAUUAUUUUGAAAUGUGAAGCCAGAUUUAUAAGCUCUUAUACUAGAGAGUAUUAUGAUGCAAGAUAGCACUAAUUACCUCUUUUGUUAGAGGUACUUUUAUUUAUUGUUUAAGAUUAAGCCUUAGUUUUGGUUAUUCAGAAAGAUAAAUUGUUGACUAGCAACUAUUACACUGUUAAAUGCAGCAUACAAAAUAGAAACCAUUUUCUAGAGAUUGAAGUGUUAUCUAAAACACUUGCCUAAAUUUUCUAGACUCACUAUUAAUGCAGUAUGUUGCCAUGACUUGUAGUACUCUACCCCAUUACAAAGUGUAAAAAAUAAAGCAUGUCUGUGGUAUAUUUCUUAGCCAUAUGGAUUUGUUCCUGGAAAUAGAUUGCAGGUUUGUUCCAUCUUAUGUAAUUUUUCCUAGCAUAAAAUACGAAGAGGUUUUUCAAAAGUGCUGAUUUUAAAAUAAUGUUAGAAUCAGUAUUCAAUAUUUUAAACAGCAGCAUUUAAUGAUGCAACAACCCUUGUUUAGAAAACAAAUAAUUUAAACAACUGGUUAACUGAGGUGCAUGCUGAAUAUUUAAGUAUCAUACUAAUAUUAGUCUGGCGGGUAGUUACUUUUAUAAUCCAUAUUUGGCAACUUGAUUGUAUUUUUCUUAUCUACCAUGUUUGAAGCAACUUAAUUCUAGAUAGUCUGCAAAAGAAUUCAUCGACUGUAGUUUGAGUAGACUUGAAAUUUUUUUGUUGUCAAACAUCUAAAAAAAUUUACACAAACAAAAUGUGCUUGAAAUACUGACUCUUAUGUAACCCAUCCUCCUUCUUUAAAGGAUUGCUGUUUAUAUCACUGUAGGUAAUGUUUUCACCCCUCUUAGCCAGAAGGCCAAGAAUAUUGCAAUGGCCCUCUGUCCAAGGAACCCUUGAUUUUUAAGAUAAAUCUGCCUUCAGGAAUUAAAGUACACUCACUAUUCCAUUUGUAGAUAUUGUAGUCUUUGGGAGUGAGCGUUACCACCCCCCCCCCAAGCUGAGAUAUUGCAAGCAUUAAUCUGAAUACAUUGCCUCUGACCUCCAGAGUUUUUCACCUCAUCUGUCUUGCCAGGCUUAGCACUUCCCCCUUUGCUGGUGGCAGAGCCUGCAGUAAAUCAGCCCCACUCUGGACAGUGUUUCUUUCCCUUUUUAUUUAUCAGUAUUUUCAAGGAAGGCUUUGGGGCAGGCCCAAAGAGUGCUCCAAAUAAAAGAGAGAAAUUCACAAACACAAAAUACAGGAGGAUACCUUUUCCUAUCCCGUCUCUGGGGAGGGUGUUGUCCCGUUACUGGCCCCGGGGUACCAAUCCUUCCCCUAAACAGGCAUUCAGUUUAGUUGUUUCUCCUGCCAGGAGGAGAGCAGCCACUCAAACUGGAGAAGCCUAUUUUCCGGCUACCACUAGCCCUGCAACAACUUGUCUCUCUGCCCCCUCUCUCACCAGAAGAGGGGUUUAUAAUUGUCUCAGGCAGCCCUUAGUUGAACUAAGGUGUCCCUAGUUGCACUGAGGUAACCCCUCAGUUUAUAGGGAAAAGGGCCUUUAUCAUUCUAGGGCUAACAUAGCCCUUCCCCUAUUCUCUUGCAGCUGUCCAGCCUGACUUUGUCACAAUAUAUAUAUAGAUAUACAUACUGUCUUCAUGUUACUGCAGUUGCUCUUUGGUUAUCAAACAGUAUGUGAACAGUUUCACUACAUAGACGACUUUAUUUUUUUUGUCCUAGUGCAUACAACUACCUAUAUGGCAGGGACUCAUUGUGUAUGCAAUACAUAGCAUAAUUGAACUAUGCUUGAAUGAAUGUUGGAAUAUUUGUUUUCUGCCCUUGCCCAGAAGUGUUGCACUAACACCGUGUACACCGUGUAACUUGCUUUACAGUUUGUUCUUGGCCUUUCUCAGCCUUUGUGGGAAUCCUCAGAUAAUAAAAUCUGCCUCUACUU